AUGCAGCGUGCAGGGCCGCUGCGGCACCACAGCAUGGGGCUGGCGGGCGUGACAGGCGCCGCCGCCGCCGCAGCCGCGAAGCGCGGCGGCAAGGCGGGCAUUUCCAAGGCGGGCCAGAUUCUCAGCCGGCUGCAGGAGCGGCCGCUGCCGCAGAUAUCCCCAUCGCUGGCGGCGUUUCUGGGGGUGGGGGUGUUCUGCAGCGGCCUCCUGUACUUCUGGGCGCGCGGCAUGUCAGCGCGCCGCGUCAACCCGUACAGCUUCACGAUGAACUUCUCCAUCGCCUCCAAGGUCCACCUGGGGACGCCCCUGCGGAUGAAGGGCGUCCAGAUCGGACGGGUGACUGAGGUCAGCAUCGAGCCCACCCGGGUGGCGGUCAAAGCUGAGGUGUUUGACCACCGCAACGUGGUGCCGCGCGGCAGCCGCUUCGACAUCAACCAGCUGGGGCUGGUGCCAGAGGCGUUCCUGGACAUCGGCACGCCAGAGGGCUGCAGGGUGGCGGGCGCCGCGGGGCCGCACUCCAGCAAGUGCGAGCGCCAGGGGCUCAUCGUGUGCCACGGCUCUGAGGUGGACGGCAGCCAGGUGGGCGCAGGCUGCGGUGCUUUCUAG